AUGUCUCAAUCUCAAACGUUACCACUCAAGAGACAACAAGGUGAAAACCCCUCAGAUGAUGCUUCCACUGCUAUCAAACCUUCUCGCCUCAAAAUUUCAUUACCCUUUGAAGAUAGCGACAAAAAGAAUCUUGACAAGAGGGUCAAAGAUGUUGAAAUUUGUGUCCCUAUAGUUUAUGGGACUAUUGCAUUUUAUCUGGGUAGAAAGGCUAGUGAGUCUCAAUCUCAUAGAUGGACUGUUUAUGUACGUGGAGCUUCUAAUGAAGAUCUUAGUGCAGUGAUUAAGAGGGUUGUCUUUCAGUUGCAUCCUAGUUUCAAUAAUCCUACAAGAAUUGUUGAAUCACCCCCUUUUGAAGUAACUGAAUGUGGUUGGGGUGAAUUUGAAAUUGCUAUCACCCUCUUUUAUCACAGUGAUGUUUGUGAAAAACAGUUGGAUUUGUAUCACCAUUUGAAAUUGUAUCCUGAAGAUGAGUCUGGUCCGCAGACUACCAAGAAACCUGUUGUCAUUGAGUCUUACAACGAAGUUGUUUUUCCUGAACCCACGGAAGGUUUUCUUGCACGCAUUCAGAAUCAUCCUGCUGUUGUUGUUCCUAGGCUACCGCCUGGUUUGAAUUUACCGAACCCGGUACCGAUUGAUCAUAUGAAUGACAAGCAAAGAGGCGACACGAAAGAUCAUCCACUGAGCCAGUGGUUCCUGAACUUCUCGGAGGCCGAUGAGCUCUUAAAACUAGCUACAGCUCGCCAACAGGUGCAAGCUCACAUUGUUAAGCUACGAAGGCAACUGAAUUCGUUGGAAGGACAGUCGAAACAGCCUUCUGGUUAUGAAUGUACAUGA